GUUGGGUUAAAUGGACUUCUCUGUAGUGUUUAUUGACCUGGCUGUGUGUAGGAUAUCACCGUUUUGGGUUGUUGCUGUACAUGGGGUUUCGUUUCUGUGUUGGUGGGGGUCUUGGAGGGUUUAGUAACUAACAGAUGUGAAAUAGGCUUGUGAGUGAUAAAUAUAGAGGGCUGCUUCAUAUUACAUCUGGAGAGCAAAGCAGAAGGAACUUGGGGACUAAAGUAACUGAUGAAGUGACACAAGGAAGGGAGAGCAAGAUAGAGGUUUUUGGGAGCAGACAGACAGCGUGCUACUGUACUAGUGUGUGCGGGGGGCAUACAGAGCACUGGAAGGACAAGUGUGUGAGAGCAAUGAAGAGAAAAAGAGUGAGGGAUAAAGUCAAUGAGACCUGGUAAGUGAGAGAGAUCUCACAUGAGACUGGCGGUUUCAAUAGUUUUAUAAAGUAGACUGUACAAAGAAAUCGACUAUAAACAGUCUGAUAGGUUACACUAAAUGUACAGUUAUCUUAUACAUUGAGGAAGGUGCUUAAUUUGGAGAGAUAAAGAUAUACAACGUAGUGACGGGAACAUUAUACAGCUUUAGAAGACAUAAAGACCCACAAGACGGUAAAUCAAUGUGUUAAAUAUAAGCAUGUUAAAAGAGUGCUGAGAAUGCAUAAAGACAGAGUGCAGUAACAGAUUGCACGGUGAGAUAGGCACAGUUUAGUGUAGUGGUGAAAGUCAGCCAUAUUGCCAGAAAGAGUGCUUGACAGAGUCUGUGUGACAGUGUACACUGAAGAGGUUUGAGAAACGGUGCAAGAGAGAGCAUUCACUUUUCAGCGAGAGCGCCUAGUUGCAUUGCUCAGUAAUCAUGGAUAUGAUGAACUCUGUGAUGUCGGAAAUAAGACAGCCGGCAAAGCCCGCAGGGGAUGCCCCAGUAAGCAAGCGCCCGCCUCCUAAACCUGCCAAAAAAGCUAAACGUGCUACGGUUUAUUUUGAGGUGGAGAUCCUGGAUGCCAAGACACGGGAGAAGCUUUGUUUCCUAGACAAGGUGGAGCCCAAUGCAACCAUUGGCGAGAUAAAAAAUAUGUUCACCAAAAUACAUCCUCAAUGGUAUGCGGCUCGUCAGUCUCUGCGCCUGGAUCCCAAGGGACGUUCACUCAAGGAUGAAGACAUUUUGCAGAAUCUUCCAGUGGGGACAACAGCUACUCUGUACUUCAGAGACCUGGGGGCCCAGAUUAGUUGGGUGACUGUUUUCCUCACAGAAUAUGCUGGCCCACUUGUCAUUUAUUUGCUAUUCUAUUUCCGAGUUCCUUUUAUCUAUGGUCCAAAGUAUGAUUUUAUUACCAGUCGACACUCUGUGGUACAUCUCGCCUGUAUUUGUCACUCGUUUCAUUACAUAAAACGUCUUCUGGAGACCCUGUUUGUCCAUCGGUUUUCACACGGUACAAUGCCACUCCGGAACAUUUUUAAGAAUUGUAUGUACUACUGGGGAUUUGCUGCAUGGAUGGCUUAUUAUAUCAAUCACCCAUUAUACACGCCCCCAAUCUUUGGAGAUGAUCAAGUGAAGUUUGCCGUCAUUAUAUUUCUGUUCUGUCAGCUGGGUAACUUCUCCAUACAUAUUGCUCUUAGAAACCUGCGACCUGCCGGUUCUAAAACCCGUAAGAUUCCUUUCCCAACACGUAAUCCAUUUACAUGGCUGUUUUUGCUGGUAUCCUGUCCUAACUACACAUAUGAGGUUGGCUCAUGGAUUGGAUUUGCAAUUAUGACUCAGUGCCUCCCAGUGGCUCUCUUCAGCCUGGUUGGAUUCAUUCAGAUGACGAUUUGGGCAAAAGGCAAACAUCGCAGCUACUUGAAAGAGUUCAGGGACUACCCUCCACUUCGCUCCCCAAUAGUACCCUUUCUACUGUAACUUGUAAAUUGCCCUUCUGUUUUCUAAUUAUUACUUUUAUCCAUUUUUCAUCCCAUUGUUUUGUUCUCAGAGCUAUGCUCUAAAUUUCUUAAUCUUCAACUUCCAUUGACCAUUUAUUUCUAAGUUCCAUGUUUGCACUGAAAUCCUGCACUGACCCUAGCAAUGUCUUUUGUUAGUCUCUAUAUGGAAUAAAUUUGUCCCAUAAAACUGUA